UUUGGUACAGAACAGAUCGCCGCGAUCUCCACACUCGCCGUAAAGAAUGCGCAUACCCUUCCACCAUGGCAUCCUCUCACGCCCAAGUGGCCCACAGCUGUCCUUUCUGUAUCGUACGCGCACGAUAGCCAUGGCCCGAUGCUUGACAACCACAACGUCACAUUCUGACGCCACUGUCCGAUACGAAGGACAAACGCCGCUUCUUACCCUAACUGUCUCAAACGGGGCGAAAACUGCGUUCCGGAUUUCGCCUCUAAAACCCGUAUCCGUACUGCUGGAGCAAAUCAAAGAGGAAGAUCCUAAUAUCAAGGAGAUUGCGGUGUAUGACUUGCCAAAGGAGAAUGAAAAGGACAAAGGGUUUCGAUGGGCCAGAUCAACGCAAAUUUCGCAUGUCCUCAGCCGAUCACUCCACCGUGGUGGCUUUGUCCUCCUCGUAAACAAUACGCAGCUCCUCCAUGUCCACGUUCCGACGUUCGAAGCCCGUGUUUCUCCUUUGAGACAUGAGCUAGAAAGUGUCGAAAACCAGCUGGUACCGCUCCGGGAUACUAAAAAGGCUUUGGAUGAAAAGGCGCACAGAAGCAGCGUGAGGAUUGCUUGGCUGGGGUUGGGUGCGCUCUGUGCGCAAUGGGGAAUCAUGGCGAGAUUAACUUGGUGGGAGUAUAGUUGGGACGUAAUGGAACCAAUAAGUUAUUUUAUUGGGGCUGGCACAGGCAUCCUAGGCUACAUGUUCUACGUCGUCACCUCAAAGGAAUAUACAUACGAAGCCCUUGCGGAAGUAACAGCCACAAAGCACCAAAUCAGACUAUACAAACGAAAAAACUUUGAUUUAGCAAAGAUGGUCGAACUAGAACGACGAGCGCAGAGGUUGAGACUACAGAUUGAGGUCAUCAGGAAAGAAUACCAACCGACAAGGGAGAUGUUAGAGGAAGUGGAUGCGGGCGUCAGGGUUGAGGCAACUUGAUGAGCUUGUGAUGGGCAUCCUGGGCAGCGGACCGAGUCCCUUUAUGGUGUCCACGCAUCCUCAUAUUGCAAUUGCGUAGAAAAUCCAUAAAUAUUUGUCCAUAGAUCGUUUCGAACUUUUGGUUUAAUAGAUGUGUAAACUAAUGAA